CCUUUGUGGGGGCUUCCCGGCAUUCCGAGGGAAUUCUUGCAGGUGAGGGUACGCAAAGCAAGUCGCACACUCUGAUGACUGCUGCAGCUUAAUUUUUACAACGGAAAACACACAAGUGCUGAGCUUACCUCACCGUAAAAGAAACUUGCUGCAACUACAAGGGUGUGAUCAGCAGAGCAGAGCAGACAGAGUGGGAGGAGGGAGGAAUACCCAUUCUAUUCCAACCAGUUAUUAUGCUGUCUUUGAAGAAUGGGAGCCACAAUAGCUGAAAGGGUGAACAUGUGUGAUCUCACAGGGCUGUUAUCUGAUGUGGAUAAGCGCAGUACAUGAACCGUGUGAGUAACAGGCUUGCUUCACACGGACAGGUCCCUGGAAAACACACCGUGCGUCUCCCAGUGCCGAAGCGCCUCCUACUCUUCUGCUGGAACUUGUCAAGACAACAGUGCCUGCAGAGCAGUCGUACCGCCAGAGACCAGUAGGAGGUACUGGCAAAUCACCAGGGGCCACAACUCAAAAAAAGCAGACCAGAGUCUCAGCCUGUGUCCAGUGUUCAGUUUAUUACUUGAAAACUGGUUUGGAGCCUCAGUAAAUACACACAAUACUUUGGCCAGUGGACACAGUUUUAUGCAAUACCUGAUUUUAGACAUUUACAACAUUUUUUUCAUCAUAGUUGCAGUGUCCUUUCAUAGUCCCUGUCUGUGUUUCCCUGCAGCAUGUUGCAGACGGUCAGUGAGUGGUUCUUCUGGGAGCGUCUGUGGCUCCCAGGAAACGUCUCCUGGUCUGAUCUGGAGGACACCGACGGUCGCAUCUACGCUAAAGCCUCCCAGCUCUACGCUGCUCUGCCCUGCGCCCUCUGCAUGCUCCUGGUCAGAUUUGUGUUCGAGAGGUUCUUAGCCACACCGCUGGCUGAUGUCUGGGGAAUCAGGGACAAGAUACGUCCCGCAGUAGAACGUAACCCACUGCUAGAGAACUACUUCUGCGACCAAGCGCGGAUUCCAUCACAGGCCGACGUGACCGCUCUGUGUAAGAAGACCAGUUGGUCAGAAAGGAGAAUUCAAUCCUGGUUCAGGCGGCGGAGGAACCAGGAGCGUCCUGGGCUUCGCAAGAGGUUCUGUGAGGCCAGCUGGAGAUGUGUGUUUUAUUUUUUCGCCUUUGUCUACGGAGUCCUAGCUCUCCAUGAUAAACCUUGGUUUUAUAAUCUGAAGGAGGUCUGGGCAGGCUUCCCUAAACAGUCCAUGCUGCCGUCUCAGUACUGGUAUUACAUGUUGGAAAUGGGCUUCUAUAUUUCCUUGCUCCUCAGUCUGUCUUUUGAUGUUAAACGGAAGGACUUCAAAGAGCAGGUGAUUCAUCAUACAGCCACGCUGACUCUCUUGAGUUUCUCCUGGGUUUCGAACUACAUCCGUAUCGGAACCAUUGUGAUGGCACUUCAUGACUGCGCUGACAUACUGCUGGAGGGUGCAAAGGUAUUCAACUACGCCAAGUGGCGCAAGACUGCUAACACCAUGUUUGUGGUGUUUACAGCUCUUUUCAUGGGGACAAGAGUAAUCAUUUUCCCUUUCUGGAUUAUCCACUGUACAUGGGUGUACCCACUAGAGCUGUUUCCUCCCUUCUUUGGCUACUACUUCUUCAACGUGAUGUUGGUGGUUCUACAGAUGCUCCACAUCUACUGGGCUGUUCUCAUAUCACGAAUGUUUUUCAAGUGUGUCUUCAGCACGGUGUGUUUGCUUGUGUUUCUAUGUGUAUAUAAAGAGAAAUGCAUGAAGACUACUCAAAUUCUUUCCAUGUCUUGUUGUUGCUGCUCCUCGGUUCACCCUCAUUUUGUUCCUCUUCUCUUCCUCUGUGUCUCAUAUUUAUCCGGCAGCUGGAGGGCGAUGACAGGAGCGAUGAAGAUGAGGAAGACAGUGACUCACAGAAGGAAAGAAACCACAAAUCGAGUCACAAGAAUGGCCCUGAAGCGAGAGGCCGGGCCACUGGCCACUGACACAUGCAGACAGACAGAAGCAGAGGAAAAGGAAACAAGGACAGCAGACACAUGGACGGGUUUUUCAGUCUGGAUUGCAGCUGCUAGAAUCUAAUUUUCAUACAUAACAUAAGAGUAAAUAUGUUUGGACAGAGAAUAGGUACUCUUAAAGGAACUGUGAAGGAUUAUACAUUUGAAGCCGUGUGGUUUAACAAAGUAUUACCUUAUUAAACUCUGAAUUAAAAAUAGGGGAAAACUCCUUUGA